GAGCCUGUUUCCCUUCUCUCUUCCCCCCAGUCCCCUCCUCGGAAGUAGACAUAUCUGUCUAUAUUCCGUUCUUUUAUUUUUAUAUCUUUUUUACAAGAACCCCUUUUUUCCCCAACGCAGCAGCAUGGACGCCAACAUGGACGACUAAACUGGAGAACGGGUCCCCGAUUCACCCCGUCAUUUAUCCUUGAAUUGAGUGGACCGGAUGAAAUCCAACUGUGGUUUUCUCCGCUUCGCAGGGGAGGUAGCUGUAUCCAGUGGGGAGGUAGGCUCAACCAGGGGAGGAAAGAAUGAAGUUCUUCGAACCCUGGGGACGCCAGAGGCUGUCUUUUCUUUUGGAAAAGGCCGCCUCUAGGGAAGCCAAGAUGUGGAGGAUCUACGUGCCAAAGAAGCCCUCCUCACAGGAUACAGACAUCUCCCCGGCCCAGCGGGACGAGGCCGUGCGCUGGUUGACGGAGCUCCAUGGCAGACUGCAGCUGUACCCAGAGACCCUGGUGUUAGCUGUUAGUAUCCUGGACCGCUUCCUCGCUCCCAUCAAGGCCCGUCCAAAGUACCUGCGCUGCAUCGCCAUCGCCUGCUUCUUCCUGGCUGCUAAGACCUGUGAGGAAGACGAGCGUGUGCCCUCCCUGAAGGAGCUGGCUGCCUCCAGCAGCUGUGGCUGUUCUCCAUCAGAGAUCCUGAGGAUGGAGAGGAUCAUCCUGGACAAAUUGAACUGGGAUCUGCACACCGCCACAGCACUGGACUUCCUGCACAUCUUCCAUGCAAUGGUGUUGUCGUGUCGUUCUGGCUUUUUGGACUCCAUGUUGGGGCUGAACCGCUCUCAACACCUCGGCCUGCUCACACGCCAACUCUACCACUGCCUGGCCGACCACACGCUCAUGCAGCUCAGAGGAUCCAUGCUGGCCUUGGCCCUUGUCACCCUGGAGCUGGAGAACUGCUGUCCUGACUGGCUGGCUCUCACCAUUGACCUGCUGAGGAAGGCACAGUUCGACAGCUCUGAGUUGAUCCGGAGUCGAGAGCUAGUGGCUCGUAGUCUGUCCACACUGAGAGCUUCCCUGCCUCCAAACACUGUCUACAUCUACCAACCCCUGCAGCAGGACCCUACAUCCUCCUCCUGCACACUGGGGAUCAUCACCUCUACCACCGAGUCCUCCAGGGAGCACGCCCUUGCCCAGCCACAGACACCUGCUGGUGGGGAGGAGGGCCGCCAACAGCCCUGGAGCUCCGUCUCUUCCUCCUCCACCUCCACCACUAACAACAUCCCAGCUCUACUCUCUCCACCCAAACACCUCCGCCAUCUCAACCACCUGCGGAAGGUUACACUGCGCUGCAAGGCCUCCGCCAAGCGCAAGGUGGAGGAGAUGGAGGUGGACGACUUCUAUGAUGGCAUCAAACGUCUCUAUAAUGAAGACAUCGUCACCACCACAGCGGCUGUCCAGGAGGGGGCAACGCCUGCGAUGGGGGUGAUAACAACAACAGGUGGAGGAGGAGGAGGAGGAGGAGGAGGAGGAGGUCUGGGUGGUUGCAGUGUCCUGUUGUCCCGACAGGAAGGCAGCACCUCCCCCUGCCCGCCUCUGCAGCCAGUCAGUGCCUCCUAGAGACCAAACAUGACCCUGUCAACCAAAACCACCUUCACACUGACCUCGUAUUAAACUCCACCAAUCAAAAUACCCAAACUCUAACUUUUAGCAACAGUGAUGGGCAACUCCCUCAGCAAUAGGCAACAAAGUCCAAGAAAGAGAAAGAGGGUUAUUCAUUUCCAUUUGCAUUAAAAAGCAAUAUAAAGGCAGCUCCUCAGGAAAUGUUGCCUGUUCUAGUUGCUCUCACUGUUUUUGAUGAAGCAUACCUUCGUAAGAAGAAGCUGAUGUUCUAAUCCAAAUAAAUCCGAGAUCCAGACGUGUCAGUGCUGAAGAUGGUUCUGGCUGCAGCGUAAACGACCCCAGCGAGCUGCUCAGCCGUCCUGACGUCAGCUCCCAUCACCCCCCGCAGCCGGGAAACAGAGCCCAAAAAAAUUUAAACAUUCAAAAACUAAAAAAGCUGCUGCUGCUCCUCUCUUAUUAAUUCUAUUUGUUUGAACACACAAAAAAAUAAUAAACAGUAUUACAAAAGAUUUUAAAAAAUGUCUAAAUAGAAAAGUUCAGUUGAAAAAAACCUAGAAAUGACUUCUCUGUGUCUUGCUCUCUUCUCGUCAUCGUCCGUCAACUUAUAUUUGUUGUUCACUUCUUUAACUCUUUCAUUUCAUGUUUAUGUUUUACUCCUUCCCUUUCCUUCCUCACUCUGCAUGUGUUCAUCUCUAUUUAUAACCUCCUCACAGAGUCUAAAAUCAAAUGUGUGAAUGUUUCCAAAUAGGUGAUUCUCUGUAUUACUCGCCCACGUAGGAAAAAGGUUUUUUUUUUGUUGUUUUCUCUUUUAGUGAAGUGCAAUUUGACUGUUAAUAAGAUGCUAAUAUAAACAUCCCUCCUAUCCAUCCCUUCGUUUUCCCCUCCCCAGCUUGUCAGCUUGUUGUGACAGCUUGACUGAAUGAACGUUACUCAGGUUGUUUUAUUUAAAAAAAAAAAAAGUCUCUUUGAAGCUGCUGCUCCAGUUUCAACAAAUGAUGAGCACAGUAGUGGGUGGAGUCAACCACAGUUAAUUGUUUUAAAAAAAAUGCUGUUAAAAGAUAUGAAGGACGUACAGUGUUUAGUCUAGCCCUGUACUUUAAACCUGGUUUAAGUAAUCCAGACUAACAUGACAUAAUCCAGGCUUUCAAUCAAGCUAACAUCUUCGUACAAAGUCAAACAGUCAAACUGCAUGAAGCAGCUUAGGAGAAUGAAAGUUUCUCUGUCAUAAAACAACAGUUAUUUAAAGCAUUUUAAUAUUCAGCUAAGAGACAGAAAUGUGGUGUUUGAGUUGGUGUAUGAGCUUCUGAAGGAGACAAGUGACAAUCUUCACUUCAAUGUUCCAAAAACAAAAAAAACAAACAAAAAAAAAGUCUAAAACAACAUGCUGUUUUUAUCUCUUGAAGUUCUGUUUAAAAUAUUUUUUAUUCCUGCAAAAAAAAAAAGCUCUGUUGUCCCUGCUGCUGGAGCUGCUGGUAGCUGCUUCAGGUCCCUGAAUGCACCGCGGCGCCAAUAAAUAAAGAUGAAGAUAUGAAAACUGAA